UGUGCGCGGAAGGUGGGAGAGAGAGAGAGAGAGAGAGAGAGAGAGAGAGAGCGUGCUCAACGAAGAGGGCGAAGUAGCGGAGAGUCAAAGCGACGUUCCCCGAGCUCGAGCAAUUGGGGAUUUUACUCUACGGGGGAGAAAAAGCGGAAUUGAAUCGAGUUCUCCGCGGUUUGAAGAUCCAGAUUUCUGUUUCUGAUCAAAUUUGAGAACUUUUCUGGCUUCUCGGGGGUGAUCAUGGUGUUGUGAUCUAUAGUCAUGGAUUCUGCGCGGAGCUGGUUCCAUAAACUCCAACCUAAGGGGGAAAAAUCGAAGUCGCCGACCAAGAAGAAGGAGGGGAACAAUGGGAAGGAUUUGGGGAAGCCCCCGAUCGAUGAGGCGCCUUCGACUGUCACGAAGCAGAAGGUUGCCGCCGCGAAGCAGUAUAUUGAGAACCAUUACAAGGCCCAGAUGAAGUCCCUACAAGAUCGAAAGGAAAGACGAUGGAUCUUGGAAAGGAAGCUUGCAGAUGCUGAUGUUUCUGAGGAAGAGCAGAACAAUAUCCUUAAGCAUUUAGAGAAAAAGGAGACAGAAUACAUGCGUCUACAGAGGCAUAAAAUGGGAGUGGAUGAUUUUGAACUUCUGACUAUUAUUGGGAGAGGAGCAUUUGGAGAGGUAAGACUUUGUAGAGAGAGGGCCACAGGGAAUGUGUAUGCAAUGAAAAAGCUUAAGAAAUCUGAAAUGCUACGCAGGGGACAGGUUGAGCAUGUGAAAGCUGAAAGAAACCUACUUGCAGAGGUUGAUAGUGCUUAUAUAGUGAAACUCUAUUGCUCCUUUCAAGAUGCUGAAUUUUUGUACCUCAUCAUGGAGUACCUUCCUGGUGGUGACAUGAUGACACUACUCAUGCGCAAGGAUACAUUAACAGAGGAUGAGGCCAGAUUUUAUGUUGCAGAGACGGUACUCGCUAUUGAAUCCAUUCACAAGCACAAUUACAUUCAUCGGGAUAUAAAGCCGGACAACUUAUUGUUAGAUUGUAAAGGCCAUAUGAAGCUUUCGGAUUUUGGCUUGUGCAAACCUCUGGACAGUAGUAGCUUUCCAGAUUUAAAUGAGCCUGAAUAUUCUGCGGGAAAAAAUAUCAAGCCCUCACAGGAGGGCGAUAAGCGGUUAAGUACCUCUUCAGCACCCAGGCGUACACAACAGGAACAACUGUUACAUUGGCAAAAGAAUCGACGGAUGUUGGCUUACUCCACCGUUGGUACUCCUGAUUAUAUUGCUCCAGAAGUAUUAUUAAAGAAAGGAUAUGGAAUGGAGUGCGACUGGUGGUCGCUUGGAGCAAUUAUGUAUGAGAUGCUUGUCGGUUAUCCACCAUUUUACUCUGAAGAUCCUAUGUCAACCUGUAGAAAGAUUGUAAAUUGGAGAAAUCAUUUGAAAUUUCCUGAGGAGGCAAAACUUUCGCCUGAAGCUAAAGAUCUCAUUAGCAGGCUUCUAUGCAACGUUGAGCAACGGCUUGGAACAAAGGGAGCCCAUGAAAUAAAGGCCCAUCCCUGGUUUAAUGGCACGCAAUGGGAUAAACUGUAUCAGAUGGAAGCUGCAUUCAAACCUGAGGUUACUGGUGAAUUGGACACUCAGAACUUUGAGAAGUUUGAAGAGACUGCGGCUCCAAUGCAAACUUCAUCAAAGUCUGGCCCAUGGAGGAAGAUGCUUUCCUCCAAAGAUAUGAAUUUUGUUGGUUAUACUUACAAAAACUUCGAAAUUGUGAAUGAUCACGAGGUUGAAGGAAUUGCUGAACUAAAGAAAAAGACCAACAAGCCCAAGAGGCCAACCAUUAAAUCACUAUUUGAAGAUGCAGAUAACUCGGACCAACCCGUCCAAAAAGGAAGUUUCCUCAACAUGUUGCCCCCACAAUUGGAGGCAUCCGAAAGCCUCGAGCCUUCGCCGCACUCGAGCAUUUCGUCUCCAGAACAAUCUCACGCUCGGCAUAGAUAACAACUCAAGGUCCACAGCAUUUACUCGACCGAAAACAAGAAGCAAAAAUAAUAAUCAGCAGUACAAAGGGAGCAAGUACGAAAUGUCUUAUACUGUUUGUUAUCCCAGCAUCUUGUAAAUUAUAAUGCGAGUACCUCCAAAUUCUUGUACUUGUACCUACUAAUCCCUCUCCCGUCGCCUGGGGUGAUAACAGGGUCUAUCGGGAAAGGUAAUUGUUUGGUCUCUUGUAAAUCUCUUAUUCGUUGUUGUUGAUGAAAUUUGGCGUCGAUACGAGUUUUGAUAGGCUAAAGGCAUGCAGUUUGUGCUCUGCAAACUAUAGCAGUAAACAAAACUGAGCAUCAAACAUACUCUUUUGCUGUUACUGUUGGUAAAGCAUGUUUGUAAACAUUGAGGUAAACACUCUUUAAAUGUAAUUUUCUUGCUUCCCUGUUUUAAGUGUAAACAAGUCAUGAUCCCUUAUCAUCUA